GAUAAUUUGACGUGACAUGCAUUGCAGUUUUUGCACGUCAAAAAAAGCCUGAUUUUCCUGAUCGUGGUACUAGUCCAAAGCUCAUAUCUUUUCACUUGAGGUGCCAAGAAUAAGGCCGCUGCGUUAUUAACACAGCUAGCUCCUCUGAAAGAAUACAAACGCUGAAAACAGACUGUAGGUCUGGAUCCGACGCCAAUUGGUGCCUUCGCUUUUGGCCAUCGUUGUCGACUUUUAGAAUGAGCAGACGGCGGGACCCUACGGGAAUCGACGACGGGAUUUACGUUGGCUGGAAACCAGGACCGUUAAGCUAUUCUGAGGUUUGAGUUGACCUCAUAACUCUGUAACGUCUCUGCCCCACGCCGCAGCUGUCGCUGAUUUGAGCAGAACGAUCAACGUCUUGCGACCAACCACGUCUCUUGCUAUUCCAGGCGGACCAUUUGCGACAAACCAGGACUCGUAUUGUCUAACCGGCGCCCGCCCGCCACCAACUCUUGCAGUUGCCGUUUUCAGGUUCCCCAAUAACUCAUAAACUCUGGGGGAAAAAACACAUGAUUUUUAGUGGCACACGAUAAGAUUGGAAGCGAUUUUCGAACCCAAGCUUACAGACGAAACCAGCUUGGAAAGACUCAACAUAUUUAACCAGUGACUAGCAAACAGUCGCUAAGCAACCAUGACAGAAGUACGGGAACGUGAGGGCAAGAAGGGAGAGUACACAGUGGAGCCCGUGGAGAAUGGAGGGGCGGAACCCCUAGGGAAGAAGGUGCCGCUCGACGGCGACGGUGUGUCGGUGGGAGAUGGGAAGGGAGUCAAGCUGAAGAGACAGGUUGGCCUGAUCAGCGGCAUUGCAUUGAUCGUUGGCACCAUGAUAGGGUCUGGCAUCUUUGUCUCACCGAAGGGAGUCCUGACACAGACAGACAGUGUAGGAAUGAGUCUGGUCGUGUGGUUACUGUGCGGCGUCCUCGCCACUAUGGGUGCGCUCUGUUACGCAGAGCUGGGAACGAUUAUCACCAAAUCAGGCGCGGAAUACGCGUACCUGAAGUACGCGUUUGGAGACGUGAUCGCUUUCCUAUUUGCUUGGGUCUCGAUUGCCGUCAUAAAGACGUCGUCAGUGGCAAUCAUUGCUAUUUCAUUCGGCACGUAUGUCGUGUCGGCAUUUUUUGAGGGGGAAUGCAGUCAGCCAGAUGUUUUAAUCAAAGUUCUGGCCGCUGUCGCCAUUAUACUGAUCGUGUUCAUCAACUGUGCUAGCGUGAAAUGGGCCACAGCAGUGCAGAACUUCUUCACCGCUGCCAAACUUCUAGCGUUGGUCAUUAUCAUCAUUGUCGGCUUUGUCAAGCUAAUCCAAGGAGAUGUGAGAUACCUGACACCCUCCACGUCCUUUCAAGGGUCUUCCACCAAUGUCUUUGCCUACGGCAUCGCAUUCUACCAGGGACUGUGGGCCUACGACGGAUGGAACCAGCUGAACUAUAUCACAGAGGAAUUGGUGAAGCCACACCGCAAUUUGCCUUUGGCCAUCAUCAUCGGUAUCCCGCUGGUAACCGUACUGUAUCUGCUAGUCAACAUUGCCUACUUCACCGCCAUGUCGCCCGAUGAGUUACUGCAGUCUGGUGCCGUGGCAGUGACCUUUGCCAACCGUACUCUGGGCGUCAUGGCGUGGCUAAUGCCUGUGGCUGUAGCGUUCUCAACGUUCGGUGCCGCCAACGGCACGUGUUUCACAGCGGGAAGGUUGACGUUCGUAGCUGCCCGUGAGGGUCACAUGGUGGAGAUUCUCUCCAUGGUCCAUGUCAAGAGGUAUACCCCCUUCCCUGCGCUGGUUUUCCAGUCGUUUAUCGCCAUCUUGAUGUUGCUGCCUGGUGACUUUGAGUCCCUGGUCAAUUACUUCAGCUUUGCUGCGUGGUUGUUUUACGGCGGUACGGUCGCAGCACUUCUCGUCCUGAGGUACAAGCAUCCAGAGUGGCAUCGCCCUAUCAAGGUCCCUAUUCUGAUUCCCAUCAUUGUUCUGAUCGCGUCCGUUUACCUCGUCAUCGCGCCGAUCAUUGAUGAGCCAGCUCUGGAGUACCUGUUCGCGUUCCUCUUCAUCUUGGCCGGUCUCAUCUUCUACGUUCCGUUCGUCCACUACAAAUACGUACCGCCAUUCAUGAAGCACAUCACCGUAUUUUUUCAGCUGCUAUUGGAGGUUGCACCGACCAGCUACUUUGAACCUGAAGAAGAUGAAGAUGCAUAAACACGGCGACGUCACCGGCAAAACCCACUCCCUGUGCUUCUGGAGUCAAGCGCUUCGCAGUCUGGGGGCGCUGUUCGGCUGCGCACACGCGACCAGCAGCUGCUCCUUGGACUGGCUGAACGCGACGCAUUUCAGAGUUGCGUACAGGAUAUAUAAUUAGUAGACGACUUGCAUUAUACUUGAUAUUUUAUUGUAAAUGAAUGCAUAUCUCUCACAAAAGUUUAUCAUCACUUUAGCAAUAACAGUAGAACAUCACUUUGACGAAUACUGGAGUAGCGAACAUUCAGCUUAUUGAACGGCCCCUUUUGCUGACACACUUUAGGUAUGAUUUUAAUGAGUAUUGGCGGUCAAAAUAGCAAUAAUCAGUGGUUGUAACAAAAUCAAUCGUCGUAACAAAAAUAUCUUUUGUGGAUCCCAUUGUGUUCGUAAUUGUGAAGUUCUAGUGUAAUAACUUUAGUAAUUAAAAAUGUAUGUAGUUACUUAUUCGUUACCUUUCUCCAUUUGCCAAAUCAUUUUUCGCAAUCUGCCAGAGCAAUAGUCCCUUUUGAAGGCGUAAUUAAAGGGAAGAUACAGCAUUUGCAAACAUCAAACAAAGAAAUGAUCAAAUUAUCAUGAAAUACCUUACUGAAUUGUUAGGGGU